GACCGAGAGAUCGCACAGCUCAAGGCACAGCUCAAGGCGGCCAGCGCCCCUGCGGUGGACGAGGGCGCCAAUGAUGCCGAAGACCCCCAGGGACGGCUUGCAGAGAUUGCUUCGCUCCUCCGUGCCUUGGGCUCAAGCACAGACCCAGCCAUCAUGGGCGCGCGGGAGGCCCUGUCCAAGGAGCGGGAGGCCAUCAAGCUGCGUAUCGUCGAAGCGAAGCCAUUCGCGGGCCAGCUCCACCACUAUACCACCCGCAUCGAUGCGCUCGUGCAGGCGAAGGACAAGCGCCAGGCCGCGCUGCAGGACCUGCAGGAGCAGCGCCAGCGCCUGGACGACAGGAUUACCGAGACGGAGGGCCAGAUCGCUGAGAUCACGGCCGAGGUGCAGGAGCUGGAGGCGCUGCGCUGGAAAGUCUCGGCCAAGGCACCUACGGCCGCACCUGGUGAGUGCUCCCUGCGCACGCUCGUGCCCGCGGUCGACAUUUCGGUCGAGAAGAUGGGCGAGAUGCUCCAGGGCCUGGGCGCGGACGACCAGCUGGCGCAGUCGGUGGCCACGGUCUUCAGCCAGCUGCGAGCGCUGGCGGACAAGGCAGCGGCAGCAGGGUCGGACGCAGCGCCAGCACCUGGGCAUCCUGAAGGAGACAGCUCCAGCGCAGCGUCACCCAGCGGACCUGCAAACAUGCCGACGGAGGGACAGCAGCAGGCGGCGCAAGACAGGCCUGUUCCCAUGGACACCGACGACCUGGACGAGCUGCGGGAGUUUCUGCGCAACGCCACGGGCGAGGACCCUCCGCAGGAGGAGGCGCUGGUCAGGGAGGCCAUCAAGCGGAUGGCCACCGCGAUGGAGACACUUCAG